AUGAGCGGUGGAGUCUUCCCGCUGAGGGACGCAGAUUUGGAGGACCCCGUUUCCUCGCCCCCAGGUAGAUUUCGUUGGCCCGGGAGUCAGCGCCUCGCUUUAGCUUUUUGCGGCUCUGUCGAUUUGAAUCCACGAUCAAGGGUUCAAACGUUGUCGAAGCGUGAUGCUCUGGCGCUUGCUGAGUGCCGACCGGACCGCAUCAUCAAGUCUCAGGUUUCUCAUCACGACGAUGCCCAUGGCCGAUGCGCCCCUAGCUCCCCUCCCAGACUCGAAUAUGACCAACGCUUUCGUCGGACAACGGCCGAAGGGGAACUUCAGGAGAGCCGGCCUUCGCCAUUUGCGAAAAUUGUCCGCCGGAGCAACCCUGGUAGAGCAACUUAG